UACCACAGCUCCUCUCGCGACCUGCUCAACAGGCAGCAGAAGACGACAUACAUCAGUGUUUCGUGGGCAAUUGUGGGCAAUGUCUUUUGAAAUACACAACCAGACACGUCCAGACGGACUUUAUUGUUUCACCAGUCGGCCCAGACCCGCUGAGAAACCGGCCAAAUAUCGAAAGGACCCGCUGACAUUGUCACACGCCAAAUAUGGAAAGAUCACAUAUGAUCGUCAUGCUGUCAGAGGGAGCAUGUUCGACCAACACGCCUCCACUCUCUCAGAAAUACAAAGGCUGUUCGAGAGCAGGAGGGCCGUGGCUGCCACUAAAUAUGGCAGGGAGCAUUCCAGCACACCCGAGCCGGUCCACGGCCGGAAGAACAUGGACGUCCAAACAGAGCUCUACCUGGAAGAACUGAGCGAUGUCAUCGAGACCACAGAUAGUGGGUGCCAGACUGACGCUUUCCUGGACCGCCCAGCGACUCCACUGUUUGUGCCGGCCAAAACAGGAAAGGAUGUGGCGACGCAAAUAGAGGACGGAGAGUUGUUUGACUUUGACUCGGAGGUGCAGCCGCUGCUGGAGGUUCUGGUGGGAAAGACGAUAGAGCAAUCUCUGCUGGAAGUGAUGGAGGAGGAGGAGGUGGCCUCGCUCAAGGCCCAGCAGAAAUACUAUGAGGAUCUGAGGCAUGCUGAGCUGGCAGAAGUACAGCGACUGCGCGAGCAGGAGCGACGGCGUAUUGCUGAGCGAAAGCGGCGAAUGGUCGAACAGAAGAAGGUGCUGGAGGAGCAGCACGAGUUCGCCAAGAAGAUCACCGCCCAGGCUUUUACCCGCCGGUACCUGGACGGCGUCAUACCAUCGGCAUUCACCUCUCUGAGAGAGAAGGGCUUCUUCUUCGACCCGGUGAAGAGAGAUAUCGAGACCAAUUUCAUGCCGUGUCUGAUGAAGGAGACGAUGAAGAUGCUGGAGAAGAGGGAGGCAGUGAGACUGCUGCUGGACACGAUCAUCUAUGAAGUCGCCCAGAAUAACUAGACGGUUGACCGGCAGUAUUGUGUGAAGCUCAAACCUUUUUUUUUUUUUUCAUAUACGACCUGAACUUGUAUUUUUCAUAAAUAUUAAGGAAUGCGGAACACUGAUGAUUUUUCCUGCUCGACUUGUGAAUUCAA